AUGCAACGCGAGAGAGCCCGCUAUCCGAAGCUCAAGGUGGGAGUCGUCUUCAGUCUCGGAUUGCCACGCAAACGCGGUGGCAGAUUAUUCAAUCGCGACGGCAAUAUCAUCAGCCUGCCCGGAAGCAGCGGUGACAUGCUCGACCAAUUCAAUGGCAAGGAGGAUGUUGUGAUGGAACGCAUCAACAAGGAAAUCGAGAAUUACGAUGACAUAGUGCUGGCCGACUACGAGGACACGUACUACAACUUGACGUGGAAGACCGUCACGAACCUGCGAUGGCUGUCAGCAUUCUGCAACAAAUAUCACGCCAACACAUUCAUGAUCAUCGACGAUGAUCAUCGCGUGAAUCUGUCCAUGGUGGCACAGUUUCUCAAAAGUGUUUCAACCGAGACAAUGAGAAAGUCCAUUUUCGGAUUCAUUGCGAAACGCGACAAGGCUCUUAGAUCGCCAUCAGCGAAGUGGUAUCUGUCGUACCGCGAAUUCCCAUGGGAUUUGAUGUACCAGUAUCCACGUGGAUUUUCGCAAUUCAUAGGAGCCGACAUCGUGGACGACAUGGCCAUCGCGAGUGCAUACACGCGGUACAAUUAUGCACCGGAGGAUGUGUAUCUCGGAAUGACAGCAUUUAAACUGGGCGUCGAGUUGCACAAUGUGGACUCAAUGUAUGACCACGAGGACUAUGCCAGAAGGAACGCAGUUUCUGGCCGAGAUAUCUGUUCUCGUGACGUGAACGUCAUUCUGAUGCUGCGCGAAGAGCCACCAACCAACGUUCCUCUUCCAAAUUCUGCUCCGUGUUGGUUCGCCGCUCUGGAAACGCAAUUUCGUGGUGCAAAUAUUGUCAGCCAAUAUGCUAAAUUCCCUUACCUCGUCUAUACAUUGAUUAGCGAACUGGCCAACGAAGUUUCAGGCGUACUGCUUCACCCCGACAACGACUUUCCUUACGACCAGUUAAAGGCAGCGAUUCUGAAAACUUUUAUCGGCAAUGAUUUGGGAGAUUUGAAGCCUACCCAGAUCCUGAGGAAGAUGCGUCAAAUCUCCAACGCCGAACCUUUGCAAGGUGCAUUUUGGAAAGGAUUUUUUCUCAAACGACUUCCAAGCAAUAUUCAACGCAUCAUUGCUCCCAUGGUUGAAUCGUCAACACUGGAACAGUUGGCAGAUACCGCAGGCCUCAGAUUAGAAGCAACGAAAACGGCUUACAUCUCCGAAAUUGACGAAAGUCUCCAAAGACAAUCAAAUUCACUUUUGCGCUCCGCCGAGCCAGGAUCAAAGCCGCAAUCGACGCCUUGA